AUGAAAAUGCUUUGGAAACUGACGGAUAAUAUCAAGUAUGAGGAAUGUGAGGAGCGCCACGACAGUACCAGCAACGGGACAGCCCGGUUACCCCAGCUGGGGACCGUGGGUCAGUCUCCCUACACCAGCGCCCCACCGCUCUCGCACACCCCCAACGCCGACUUCCAGCCGCCCUACUUCCCCCCCCCUUACCAGCCCAUCUACCCCCAGUCUCAGGACCCCUAUUCCCACGUGAACGACCCGUACAGCCUCAACCCCCUGCACGCCCAGCCGCAGCCCCAGCACCCAGGAUGGCCGGGACAGAGGCAGAGCCAGGAGACGGGGCUGCUCCACACGCACCGCGGCUUGCCCCACCAGCUCUCGGGGCUCGACCCGCGCAGGGACUACCGGCGGCACGACGACCUGCUGCACGCCCCGCACGGGCUGGGCUCGGGGCUGGCCGACCUGCCCCUGCACUCCAUCCCCCACGCCAUCGAGGACGUGCCGCACGUAGAAGACCCCGGUAUUAACAUCCCAGAUCAAACUGUAAUUAAGAAAGGCCCCGUGUCCCUCUCCAAGUCUAACAACAACGCCGUCUCCUCCAUCCCCAUCAACAAGGACGCGCUCUUCGGCGGGGUGGUGAACCCCAACGAGGUCUUCUGCUCGGUGCCGGGCCGCCUCUCGCUGCUCAGCUCCACCUCCAAGUACAAGGUCACGGUGGCGGAAGUGCAGAGACGCCUGUCGCCGCCCGAGUGCCUCAACGCCUCCCUGCUGGGCGGAGUGCUCCGGAGGGCAAAGUCUAAAAACGGAGGGAGAUCUCUGAGGGAGAAACUGGACAAAAUAGGACUAAACCUGCCAGCUGGGAGGCGUAAAGCUGCUAACGUUACCUUGCUCACCUCACUCGUGGAGGGAGAAGCAGUACAUCUAGCUAGAGAUUUUGGGUACGUUUGUGAGACAGAAUUUCCUGCCAAAGCAGUAGCUGAAUUUCUCAACCGACAACAUUCCGAUCCAAACGAGCAAGUCACAAGAAAAAACAUGCUUCUAGCUACAAAACAGAUCUGUAAAGAGUUCACCGACCUGCUGGCUCAGGACCGAUCUCCCCUGGGGAACUCGCGGCCCAACCCCAUUUUGGAGCCGGGCAUCCAGAGCUGCCUGACCCACUUCAACCUCAUCUCGCACGGCUUUGGGAGCCCGGCGGUGUGUGCUGCUGUCACCGCCCUGCAGAACUAUCUCACCGAGGCGCUCAAGGCCAUGGACAAAAUGUACCUCAGCAACAACCCCAACAGCCACACAGACAACAGCACCAAAAGCGGCGACAAAGAGGAGAAGCACCGAAAGUGA